CUCAUCGUCAUGAUGACUAUCCACCCUUCCCCUCUCAAGCAGAUAUGUUUAUGAAGAUAGUCAAUAGUCGACCAGUCUUUGGGACGUCAAAUCUCACGCAUUGAACCACGGCCGACAGUUCAACAUGGGCAUUCCAUAUUCCAAAGAGAUCAACGCAGCCUUUGAACAAGUGACUCCACUUGUAGGUGCUGGCUAUGAAGUCCUUCAGACCUUGAAGAACAUCGCCAUACUCCUAGCUUGCAUCCAAAUAUUGACUGUCAUCCUGUUGACAUUCAUCUUCAUGGCCAUGAUGGGCUUAUUGAUCACCCUGGUCCCCGACAUGGAAAAGGAGCGGCAGCAGCUGGUGACGCCGGUCGUGUCUGAGAUUACUGGUUGGCUGUACGCAUAUGGCACGCUUGCGAAGUGGUUGCUCAGGAUCUUUCUUGUGGUUAGUGCUGUCGGGUUUGGCAUGUUCCUUUGGCAAGGAUCUUUGGCUGGCGUCAAAACUCCUCAGAUUGACGACUGUGAUUCUGGUGAUACUUCAGGGGGAGGAGAUGAGGCCGCGCAAGCAGCAAAGGACGAGGCCAAAGGAAAGGGUAAGGCAAAAGCGAAGUAGUAGUGGUCAAGCAACACGUUGGAAAGGAUUAACUCGUCUUACCUGCUGAACCCAUCAGAUCUAUAGCUUAGCUUUAGCAGUCCCUUCUUUCUUCACCUCUUCCCUUAGCACCCGCUUCAAAAUCUUCCCUGAGGCAUUCUUGGGUAUUCCAUCGACAAACCUCACCCCACCUUCUAAACGUUUGAACUUCGACAACGGUUUGGCGGCAAACUCGAUGACAUCCGCUUCCGUG